AUGAAAAUAGAAAUUAAUUUUUCUUUAUUUUUUUCUUUUCUAAUACUAAUAUCCGGUCUUUCUACCUCUUUGGGUAAUAUUCAUGAUCAACUUGACGUCAAAUUUAAAACUUUUAAUAGUGACCAUGAUAUAUUAGAAUCUCCAGCCAAUUCAGUGCCAAAAACUCGAAGAACAACUGAGGAGAUUUCAAGUGAUCUGGAAUCUUCAUUUGAUGUGUCGGAUUCACUUGAUGAAUAUCAUAAAGUUAGAAAUACAUGUACUGGAAUUAGAGAAGAUGGGAAAGCAAGAAAUAAUAAAAAGGCUAAAUUAAGAAAAGUGAAUGGGCUGGUUGGAAAUAUGAACUAUAGAAAGCAAAAGCGAACAAGCUCUGAGUCCGGAACACCAAGCAAAUAUUUCUCAUUCAGAGGAGCAGAAGAGCAUUCAGUCGACGACUUGGACUUAGAAGGUUUGUUUGAUUUGGAUUACGGAGGAAGAGAAAGAAUUACGGAAAUCCAUAAAAUCACACCAAAAGAUAUCUAUGAAGAUGAAUUUAGGCCAAGAAAGUAUGAAUAUGCAAUUGGGGCAACUUCAAGAGAUAAGAAGUACGACAUACAUAGAAAAGAAAAAGAUGAUGAAAUUGUAUUAGUUAUUACUCCGAAGAACUUUUUCGCUGAUAAAAAUGGAAAACUUUCAUUCCUUCCUAGUUUAGCUUUAAAGAUAAACAAGAAUUCUAGGCUCUCAACGUUAGUUAAGAUGAUCCGCAAGCUCAUAUCUUCUGCUUAUCCCGAUAUUAAUAUUGAGAGAAUUCGUCAUUUAGGAACACAAAUCAUUUUGAAUGAAGCACCGCAAACAGUUAAACUCAGUUCAUUAAAGAUUAGAAAUGGAAAUGAGAUUUCUGUUACAUUUAAAAAAAUUCCAAAGGAUGAAAAAUCUGAUAAUAAAUACUAUGAAGUUCAAGAGUUGUUUGGAGAAGAGCUUCCAAUGACUCCAGAAGGAAAAAGUUUUCUUGAGCUUCCCGAUACACCUGCUCAGAAAAAUCUCCAUUAUAACCAAGGCUCCGAGACUAAAGAUGUUUUGGAAGAUAAGGUAUUAAUAUCUGAAAGGGAUGAUUCAUAUAAUAACAACUUCAUUGCAGAGCCACCUAUGGUUGAAAUUUUUGACAGUUCUUUGCCCAAAAAGGAUGAUAUGAAUGCUGGAGAUAUAUCUGGUGAAUUAAAGUCUGAUUAUCUUGGAAGUAUUCAAUUUGAUCAUGUUCCUUUUGAGAACUUAGAGAGUGAAUCUUAUGAUCAAAAAAAUCUUCAGGGAUAUAAAUUCUUAAUUGGGAGUGACGAAAUGGACAAUAUAUACGAAGAAAGAGCAGUGGAAGCUGAGAAAGAAGCUUCCAAUCAAAAUAUGAAUGACCCAUCUUCAAAUAUUGAGCUGAAUAAUUGCAAUUAUAAAGUAAACUUUAAACAAAUAACAGUACCGGCAUCUAAUUUUACUAGUGAAAUUGGAAACAGUUUUUCUAAAAACAUUUUAGUUCGAAAUGUCACAUUCAAAGAAUUAGAACCAUGCAAGUUGGAAACUCUAAUAACAGAAAUUAAUAAAAUACUAAAAUCCAUAAACCAAAACUAUUCUAUUGUCGGAUUGGAACAUAUUCCAUCAAAAAGAGAGCUUCUGAGUCUUUCAAAAGGGAAAGAAACACAUCAUCUUUUAGAUCUCGAAAUAAUCAAGGGUGAUGAAUUUAACGCUUUUUCAAUACUCAAUUCAAAACCAGAAUAUGGUUCUAUGAAAAAUAUCAGUGAUGAAGAUGAUUUCAUACUUGUCACAACUGACCCAAUAGAAAAAAAACUUUUAGCAGACAAAUGCCAACUCUACAUGACUAUUUUUGUUGAUAACACAUUAUUUUAUGGAGAAGAAGGCCAACCUAAUUCUGAAGAAUCCUUCAAUAUUAAUCAAAACUUGGUUAAAGGGGGGAAAAAAUACCUUAAAGCAGUAAAUGUAUGUACUCAAAGUUAUAUUUCUAUCAAAAAAGUACUAGAAAAGAUUAAGAGUAUUAUGAAAAUAGAUCCAUCUUCUAAAGGAAUCUUCAUAUGUGGAGAUAAAAUCGUUGAUUCUCUUAGCAAUUUACCAGUUUCAUUUAUUGAAUCAGAAACUUGUGUUCUUCGAUAUGAUUCAUAA